GGGGCCGGGCCUGCCGUGGCAGGCGACGGGCUCGACCCAGCGCUUCGUGGACGGCGGCUUCCUGCGCCGCGUCCUCUACAUGCACCGCGUCACUCUGCGCGGGCUGGUCCCCGGGCAGCACUACGUGUACCGCUGCGGCAGCCAGGAGGGCUGGAGCCGGCACUUCCAGUUCCGGGCACUGCGGAACGGCACGGCCUGGAGCCCGCGCGUGGCCGUCUACGGGGACAUGGGGCUGGUCAACCCCCGUGCGCUGCCCCGGCUGCAGCGCGAGGCCAGCGCCGGCCUCUACGAUGCUGUCCUGCACGUGGGGGACUUCGCCUACGACAUGGACUGGAACGACGCCCGUGUGGGGGACGCCUUCAUGCGCCCCGGGGAGCCGCUGGCAGCCACGGUGCCCUACAUGACCUGCCCCGGCAACCACGAGCAGAAGUAGUGAGUGCGGGAGAACCCAGGCGUCCGGGCCCCCCGGACCUGCCCCCCCCAACCCGUAGGAACCCCACUUUAGGGGGGGAGAGAAGCCAGGUCCCUCCUCCCUGCUGCAGCUGUAACCACUGGGCAGCGCUGUCUAU